AUGCAGGAUCCGAACGCCGAUACUCAAUGGAAUGACCAAUUACGGCGAUUCAAUAUCAUCGAACCAAAAGAGGAGAUCAAAACUGAAGAAGAACGAUUCGAAAUCUCUCGUGCGGAACAGUUAGAUAAGAAAACAUUAGACGAAUUAGACGAGCUCGAAGACGAAGAAGACGAACGUGUCCUACAAGAAUAUCGACGAAAGCGACUAUUGGAAUUGCAAGAAAAAGCUGCACGUGCUCGAUUUGGUGAGGUGAUUGAAAUCUCUGCCAUCGACUACGUUAAAGAAGUUAAUCAAGCUGGAGCAGAUAUUUGGGUUGUACUUUACCUUUAUAAAUCAGGGCUUCCUAUUUGUUCACUCAUCGGUGAUCAUCUACGUUCACUCGCCAUAAAAUAUCCUCAAACGAAAUUCGUCAAAAGUGUCUCAACUGUCUGUAUUCCUAACUAUCCAGACAAAAAUCUACCAACAAUAUUCGUUUACAACAAUGGCGAACUAAAACAUUCACUCAUUGGUCCAUUUGCUUUUGGUGGAAUGAACUGCCGUUUUGAGCAUUUAGAAUACAAAUUGUAUGAAUUCGGUGCAGUUGAAACAGGAGAGAAACUACAGAAACCGACUGAUAUGAAAACAUUCGGCAUGAAUGAUGCUGCUGAUGAAUUUCUUCGGUCAUCGAUCCGUCAAAGUAUGAAAAAUGAAAGCGAUGAUGAUGAUUAA